UCUUGCUUUCCCCCAUUUGUACUCUCUCUCUCUCUUAACAUCACUGCAACGUUCAGAUAACCAAACGUCACAGUCAGUUAACUUUAUCAAAAAAUCAAUCUUACACGACACGACGUCGUUAAGACGGAUCUUGUACCAAUCUUUCUUCAUCUUCUUCCUCCUCCUUUGGCCUCUCUAUAAAUCAAACUUCUCAGUUUAUUAAAAAAAUCAACUUUAUCAACAAAAAAAAAAACCCCAGAGCUCACUCACUCUCUAAAAAAAACCCUAGCUUUCUCCAUGGGCUUUCCCGUAGGUUACACAGAAGUUUUCUUACCGAAGCUAUUCGUACAAACGCUUUCGAUUCUAGGUUUCAUAAGAACCGUCGUCUUCUCUAUCUUCCGUUUCUUGGGUCUCUCAGAUUUUCUCGAGAUGGACCAAACCUGGCCCGACUACACAUCGUACCCGACCCGAAUACCCGAAACCCGCUCACCCUUCUCCGCCCUCCUAAUCAGAGAGAUCUUACCGGUCAUCAAAUUCGAAGAGAUAAAAAACUCCGGCGAAGAAUCACCGGAAAACUGCGCCGUGUGUUUGUACGAGUUCGAAGGAGAGCAAGAGAUCCGGUGGCUGAGAAACUGCAGACAUGUAUUUCAUCGGAGCUGUCUUGACCGUUGGAUGGAUCAUGAUCAGAAGACGUGUCCGCUUUGCAGAACACCGUUUGUUCCAGAUGAGAUGCAAGAAGAGUUUAACCAACGGCUUUGGGCUGCUUCUGGUGUUCACAGUGACUUGUGUCCUGUCACCGAAUUGUUAUAGAAAAGCAACAAAGAAAAAGACAGAGAGACCACGCUUUCUCUCUUUUUAUGUUCUCUUUUGUUAUUGACUUUAUCACCGCUUCUUGUACUUUUGAUUUUGCUUUCUUCACCCUUCUCCUCUUUUACUGACACUAAUUAGAUUUGCCACGCUUUUAUGUGUGUAUUAUCAUAACAUAUAUAUAUGAAUGAGAGAUGAGCAAUUAACAAUU